AUGAAGACCAAGGUAAUCGUUCUCUUAGCGUUGCAAUUGCUGACGUUGGUGGCAGGCAGUCCAAGCCAGAAAAAUGGAAACAGUUUGGAACAACUAGAAGGGAAGCUCAUGAGAACGAUGGACGAAAUCAACAGGAAGGACAUCAUCGAUGUUUACGGCGAUAUAGUAACCUUGGAAAAGGUUUCGGAAGAUGGGGAACUAUCGGAAGAGAGCGUGGACCCGCUCGUGAGCAGGAUUGAAAAAUUCCUGAAGACUCGAAAGAUACAAAUUAAUCUUCCUAAUGACGCUUCAACCGCUGGUUUGUUUGCACGCGCCCUCGGUCAGAGAAACGUCGAUAUAGACCUCAGAAGCUUGGCACAUGGAACAUCCGAAGCGCGUACGAAAUUGAAGAGGAUGAUCAUGCCACUCUUGAUCCUGCUGAAGCUAAAAGCAAUAAUCGUUCUGCCUAUCGUAAUCAGCAUGAUCGCCCUAAUAGGUAUGAAGGGCCUGGGCGCAGGCCUCAUGUCGCUUUUGAUUUCCGGCGCGGUCGCCUUAAAGGCCCUUGUUACACCACCGCCGCCGCCAAGGGUCUCCUACGGAAUCGUAAGACCGCACGAAAUUCAUCACGAUCACUGGCACAGGUCAGAGGAGGAGAUCAAUCAACCCUACAAAGGCUGGGCGCCGGAACACAGUGGCGAACAUUAUCCGUACCAUGACAUUCCAUAA